AUGGAAAACAUUGAAGUUCUGAAACGCAUAUUAGCUAUGAUCAAAUUUUUAGGAAAACAAGCAUUGCCAUACAGAGGACAUCGUGAUGAAUCAGGUGUUUACCUUGAAAACCAGAACAUUGAUCGCGAUCUGGUCCAAAAUAUUCUGCCGGUCAAAAACUUGAGCGGACUACUACAGUCAACAGUGACAUUUUUUUCGGAAUCAUGUAAGAGAAUGAACAUCUGGGCAGAAGUUGCUUCAGAGAAGACGGUUGGAUCGGCGAAACUGAAAAGUUUGCAGAAGAUUGGAGAAAACCGUUGGUGGGCUAAACACGCGGCCCCUGAACAUACUUUCAGAAGUUUUGACUUACCACAGCCUGUCUUGCUUCGGAUUGUUGAAUCUCUCAAAUUUGAUGCGAAAGUUACUUUUGAGGCUAAUUCACUUUUUCAUAAAUGGCGUAUCUUUGACACUAACUUAACAGGUUUCUUGUUAUUGCGGGUGUACAGUACCCUGAGAUCGGCCUCUGAAUAUCUGCAAACUGAAGGCUUAGAUUAUCUUAGUACCUGGAAUAUGGUAGAAAAAGUGAAAGAGGUUUUAAAACAUCUGGACUUCGAAAACAUCAUGAAAACAACAAGAAAUUUCAUUGAGGCAGCGAAUCAAAUGUUCGAUGAUGAUGAUGAGGAAACUGAUUUUGCAAUAGAAGGUGAAUUCAGGAAGUUGAGAACAUCAAGAAAGAGACGAAUGUCUGGUGAACUCCAGAGGGAUGAUUCCCUGGAUGAAAGAUUGGAUGAUCCAGUGGAUCGCUACAGUGUGGAAGUAUUUCGUCGAGUGAUCGACCAAAUUACGACAAGUAUUGUUGAGCGUUUUUCUAACAACCGUGAACUUGUAACUGACACAGCAUGUUUUGAUCCACAUCGUUUCCAAGAACUCAAAGAAAAUGGAUUGCCACCAGAAGCGCUGAAAAACAUAUGCAAUCGUCUUGGUUUGGACAAGCAGGAACUGAGCAAUGAAUUGCAGUCUUUCAUCCUAAACUUCGACAGCCUUUCGAAAACUCUGAAUGAAGAGUUUGCAACAACCAGACACCUAGAAUCAGAACAGACACUUCAAACUCACUUUGAUGUAAUUUCAGGUUCACGUUGCACUUCUGAAAAGUCAUGUAGGAAGUGCCUGCUUUGCUGUUUCCGUAUCCUAUUUGAGUAUUCUUUACACGCAUCUGCAUACUCGAAUUUGUUCUUAGCUUACAAAUAUCUUUUGACCCUGUCGUUUACACAAGUCAGUUGCGAACGCGCAUUCAGUAAGUUGAAAAUUGUAAAAACUCGAUUACGCUCUUCGCUAUUAACUGAGCUACUUGAAACUUUUAUGCUGAUGAGCAUCGAAAAAGAUUUACUUUCUGAAAUUUCUGUGGAUGAUAUUAUUCCUUUUUCUUGUGAAAAAAUCGACACAGUUUUGUAG